CGGGAAUAUUGUCACAUGAUAUGGGAGUAUAAGCAACAACGUGCGGCUCAACAUCCUGAAGAAAGACGCGACAGAAGACAAAGUCACGUGACAUUUGAUCAGCUGACAUCGUCGACGCUGAGGAAGACGACUGACAGCAUAAUGAUAAAAUUGCUCGACAAAUUGCCGUCUGAAGAAUGUCCUAAACUCAUACACAGGGUGGUGGAUGGGGUAUGCGGGCGGAGCGGUCCGAGGCGAACAGAUUACGGUGAACGGUGGAGUCUGGCAGAAUGGGUGGAGUUAAUGAACACCCUCUCCUCUCUCAUCCGCUUUGCUGUAGGAAGGGGCUGCUCAGAUCAAGAGAUCCAGGAGCUGCUGAGUGAUUUGGACACAGCACGGGCUGAGGCUGUUCUCCAGUGUGUGCGGUCCAGGUUUGAUGAGAUCAGACAUGCUUUGGUGGACAGAACCAAUGCCAUCUCUAGCACACAGCUACAGGACUUUAACUGGCAGUUAAAGCUGGCAUUAUCCAGUGAUAAGCUGUCAGCUUUAAACACCCCUCUGCUAAAUCUCAGUCUGGACCUGAAAGAGAAUGGAAUUCAGAGAUCUGUGAACAUAGAGAUGAACAAAGAGGAGCUGCAAACUCUCAUCAGUGCACUAGAGGCUGCUAAUAAGGUGGUGCUGCAGUUGAAAUGAAGAUACCAACCAGUACAUUUCCUUACAAAGAUGGUUCUGUGCCAUCAUGCUUUCAAAGAGAGAAUUUCUGAAGUCUGUAUUAUAAGACAAUGCCUGUAUGCGGGCAAACAAGAACCUUCCGGACAGAACCGUGAAUCUCUCAAUUUCUCUGCCUAUGAGGUGUUCAUAAAGAGCUCAACAGACUGAAUAUUAUUGUUUAAGCUCCAACAUUACGGACUGGAAGUUGCUUGAUUAAUGGUGCUAGGAUCGCUUGAGGCUGAGGAUUUUGCUAAAGGCCUGAGAUCUUGUGUUCAAUUCUCCAUGAAAUGCAAAUGAAUUUUGGUUUCACAACCCAAAAGGAUGCCUUUCUAAAUAAAGGAACUAAAAACAUUAAAGCCAA